UCCCGGUGAAAGAGAUACUGUGGAUCAGCAACAGGUCGUUGGCGCUCUUGCGGUGAAUAUACCUGGAAAAUAGUGUUAUUUUGUGGAGCUUUUUACUUUUUAGAUCUGUAGCUUAAAUAUAGUUUUCGAAACAGUUACAACGUUAUCCCCAUAUCUGUCGAAUUAACGCUGUUACUGUAGGCCUGGGUAGUGUAGACUAUAUCCCAGCUCUCGUACAGCGCAAGGUGGCUUAAUGUUACUCUACGCACGGAGACUGCCAGGAUGACCCGGCGUGUGUAGGCUACUAGUACAAUAUCUUGGCAGAAGUAGAGUCGAUCGGUGGGAUGAAGGACCGACUGGCUGAAUUAGCUGCUAGUAGGACACGAGCAGAGGAGGAUGUUGCAGUGGUGGUGGACAGAGAUGACUUCAUGGAGAACUUUUUCAGAAGGGUGGAAGAAGUUCGAGGACUCAUUGAUAAGAUCUCCUACCAAGUGGAAGAGGUGAGGAAGAUGCACAGCAUGAUCCUGUCUGCACCAAACCCAGAUGACAGAACAAAGGACCAACUGGUUUCACUGACCAAUGAUAUCAAAGGCAACGCAAAUGUGGUGCGGACUAAACUAAAAUCCAUGGAGCAAAGUAUGCCCAAAGAUGAUGCAGCUAACAGAUCCUCUGUGGACUUCAGGAUCCAGAAAACACAGUACACAGUGCUGUCCAGGAAGUUUGUGGAGGUCAUGACCCAGUACAACGAGACUCAAGUGUCCUUUCGGGAGAGAAGCAAAGGAAGGAUCCAGAGACAGCUGGAGAUCACUGGAAGAGUGACCACCAAUGAAGAACUGGAGGACAUGUUAGAAAGUGGAAACCCAUCAAUCUUCACUUCUGAUAUCAUUUCUGAUUCUCAGAUCACACGUCAGGCCCUGAAUGAGAUCGAGUCACGCCACCAGGACAUCAUGCGUCUGGAGUCCAGCAUCAGGGAGCUCCAUGCAAUGUUCAUGGACAUGGCUAUGCUUGUAGAAACUCAGGGGGAAAUGGUAAACAACAUAGAGAAGAACGUCUCUGAUGCGGCUGAAUAUAUUUGUAGUGCAAAGGAAGAAACCAAAAAGGCCUUGAGGUACCAGAAAAAGUCCCGGAGGAAAUACAUUAUCCUUGCCUUCGCUCUGUUGAUCCUGCUUGCUGUCAUUGCACUAAUUGUUGGCCUGUCUGUUGGACUAACCAAACCCCCUGUAUGAGAACUUCUGCGUGAGAAAUGUCUCCGCCUUGCCAUGUGUGGGGCUGCAGGUCUCCUCCUUUUACUCAUCAUAAUAGUUGGAACCUUUGAGUGACAGAGUUCAUGGUUCACAACCUCACAGCAGUCAGCUGUUAGUCAGUGAUGGAGCAUAACACGGCCUCGUAAUAGGUUGAAAAGUCAUUCACUAUUCCACAGCAUUACAGAGAGGAUCUCCUGAGCACAUGAAUAUAAGUAUGGUGAGUGUGAUGCACCACUUACCUCAUACCUCAUGAUACACUGUUUGGGAGUCUUUGCAGCUAGAGUAGAGGGUCUUAUUAGAAGACAUCCCCUUCCCUUUGUGGUGAUAUAAUGAACAGUGACAUCUAAUUUAAUUAAUACACUGGUGUACACACUGCAAUGCGCCAAGGAAUUUAAAGAAAUAGUUCUAACAUUUUGGAUAUGAGAUUAUUUAACUUCUUGCCAAACGUUAGAUAAGAAAAUUUACUCUCAUGUCUGAGCGGUAGAUGUAAAGCUGUCACCAGCAGCAGCAGCCAGGUAGCUUAGCUAAGCUUAGUAUGAAGACUGGAAUGAGAGAAAGCUCAUCGGCUCUUUCCAAAAGUAUCAAUAACACAACAGGUUAUUUCUCGGCAAAGCGGCAGCCUCAUGAGGGAAGGAUCAUCUUUGCAUCUUACUCUUGUUUGAAAGCUUUCCCAAAAUGCUGAAACGCAGCUUUAAUAUUGAAAAUAUAUCGUGCAAUUACUAAUGGAUUUAUUGAAUCAUUGUAAAAUGUGUGUUUACAUGUUUAAGUGUAUGCUCCUUAUGUCUUCUCCUCAUUUUGUAUAUUUACUGUAACUCAUGUGAAUUGAAUGUAAAACUGCUACAACUCAGGAGACAUUUUGAAAUAGAACAGAUAUUUAUUAAAAGUUCCACGUACUAGUGUUGGAAUACUCAAAAUCAGACCGGUCUCGAGACCACUAUUUAAAGGUCUUGUCUUGGAAUUGAAAGCAUUUUUACUUGAUCUCGACUCAGAUUCCAGAUUUUAAGACCAGUCAAGACCACCACUGAUAGGCUUCUUUCUCAUGUCAUUACUGUAAUUAGAAGAAAAACGCUCCUUUCUAAGGCAAAAAAUCAUUUAAAUUCAUUUCUAGUUAGUUAGUUAGUUAAUAGUGACACGCCCCCUAAACACAAGAUGAUUUUCUGUGAUAUUUAUGGUCUUGGUCUUGUCUCGGUCUGGCCCUGUCUUGAUCUUGGUGUUGACCAAGUCUCGUUCCCUUAAUGUCUUGGUCUUGUCUCGGAGCACUCUGGUCUCGGGUAUGUCUUGGUCUCGGUUAGUGUGGUCUUGACUACAACACUACCACGUCCUCGUUCUCUAUUUGUUUUCGAUCUGAAGAAACAUUUUCUGAUAUAUUGAAUGAAAUUCAUCACUUCACGUAACAACUGUCCACCAGUAACCUUAGUGAAGUGCCUUCUUGAAAUAGAAACGUAAACCUUAACUUAUUAAACUGUAUUUAUCACAACCCCAGUGUGUGAUGACUGAAACGUUUGUUUUCAUUAUGAUUUCAAGAACACACUUUUUUCCCCCCAACACAAUUUAACCUUUUUUAUUUGUUUUUAAAUUAUAUCUUGUAUUUUGUAUUGAACAGAAUUAUUCAGCAAUGUAAUUAAAAAAAUAAACAAAUUGAAGUCUAUAAAUAUUGCAUUGUUUCUUUACUGCCAUGUUUAAGGAAAUACAGUUCUUUUGGUUGGCCUUCAAGAAUGAAUCCCUCCAUGUACUUUCUACGGUCCUGAACUUACCAGGCAGAAUAAAUAUUGUCCUUUAACACUCUAAACAUGUGCAGUUUCAGUUUGUUUACAGGAAAACAGAAAAGAGAAAGAGGCUGCUGUUAACUCCAGGACUAAUGAGCAGUUUGCACAAAGCGCUUGACUUCCGUGUAAUCAACCA